AUGUUGGCCCGUCUCUUUAUUCCAGUUUUGGUGUUGCUCUGCAGUGGCGGCUUAGCACAGUUGCAAGUCCAGGCUCAAAGUGGGUACAACUAUGGGCGUCCCGAGGUAGCCAAUGUAGGAGGAGCCACAGCUGGAGGUCGCUUGACACCUGCACCAUAUCCCACAGCACCAGCCCUGCCACUUACUCCCGCUCCGGCUCCCACUGCAUAUGGAGCGGGCUUGUUUCCCUCACCCGCUGUUGGAUUUUCGCCAAGUGGACAGGCUACCACCGCUUUUGGAGCAUCAGCCAUUGUAGGAGCCACAAACCCCGUUAACCCACCGAGAAGAACUUCAUCUGGCGGAUUAUCUACCCCAUCAUCUCGUAGUGGACCAUAUGGACCGCAGGCUUCACAGUAUGGAGGUACUCCCGGUGGGUCUCCAAUCCGAGUUGCUAGUGGAACGGGAGACAGCGGGGACUACAACGAUUCCGAUGGUGACUACUCGGCCAUUCCGGGUGUUCCUGGAGUGGAUUAUCCCAUUUAUACCCAGGUGCCGCGCACCAACUUUGACUGCGCGCAACAGCCCCUUCCCGGCUAUUAUGCGGACAUAGAGGCCCAAUGCCAGGUGUUUCAUAUCUGUGCCCUCAACCGGACCUACUCCUUCCUGUGUCCCAAUGGCACAGUCUUCAGCCAGGAGACAUUAGUCUGUGUGUGGUGGAAUCAGUACGACUGCGUUUCUGCGCCCAGCUUAUAUGCGAAUAAUGUCUAUAUCUAUGAUUACUCUGAGAGAAGUGGCUCCAAUCUGGGAACAUCUAAUGCCAACAACGCCUACCGUCCGGCUGCUUCUUCCUCGACCGCCUUCGGGGCACCUCUGGCCACGGCUGGAACACUUCGAGCUACCGGAGUGCCUCAGGUUGCUGGAUAUAACUCCGGCCGGGGGUCCUAUCCUUCAGCGACGCCCUCCCCAACCGCCCAGUCCCAAAGCCCGUAUGGCGCUGGGGCCGUCCUUCGUCCCGCCAUUGUCCCGAGCACUGGAGCCAAUCGAUUACCGCCAUCGGGAGCUGCUGUCGGCCUUCUGGCCACUGCCGCUGGAGCUCUUCCCGAGAGUUCAGUGCCUGGAUUCGGGCAACAGCAGUCGGGCGGGAAUAGGGAGUACCUGCCACCAGCUAGCGUUGGACAACAGCGACAACGAGGAGGCACCAAUGCAUAGAUAGCGAAUGAAAAAUUCUGGCGAGCCCCUGGCACUUGUACCUGGUUAUAUGACACUAAUCUUAAUGACUCUAGACUUAGCCUCUAUAUAGAAUGUUAGGAGCUCCAAACAGAAUAACUUGUAAAAUCCCAUUAAUUAAAGUACA